AUGAUUUCACUCCUAGAUCUACCCGUUGAGGUUGUGCUGCUUAUAAUCGACUCCCUCUUCUCCGAAUUCGCCGCAACCGAACCAGGCAACAGCGACGCUUCUAUCGCAACCCAAAAAGACUUAAAUGCGUUCUCACAAACAAAUAAAUGGCUCUAUAACCAGAUGGAACCCCGCUUGUACAAAUUCAACGCACAACAUUGUGGUCAAACGUCAUUGGCAUUCGGCGCCUUCCGCGGCUAUGAUACAGUCGUUCAGAAGUCUCUGGCAGUACACUCGUCAAAGAUAACGAGAGAUUUGAGAUUUCCAACACACGGCUGUCAAAUAUUUCAUUCUCCACUUUGCUGGGCAGCUCAGGGGGGUCACGUCCCUAUGAUCGAUACACUUCUUCAAUCUGGCGCUGAUCUUCACGAGGGAUGUGUCCACGAUCGCUGUGAUGCACAGCUUCUUGGCCAGGCUGCAAGAAACGGCCACUUGGAUAUGAUGAAAGACCUUGUACGAAGAGGUCUUCGUCCUGAAAUUAUGUGGGAAACCACUUUCGCAAAUCUGAUGAAUGAGGACGAACCAGGGCGCAAAGCCACUCUCCGCCUGGCUGCCGAGGGUGGCCAUAUCCCGUGUGUGGAUUACACUCUUACUACGGGAGAGUAUGAAAAUCUCACUUGCAAACAAUAUAUGCACAAAAUAGCGCUGAUUGUGCCUGCCACAGUGGCAAACGGCCAUAUAGAGUGUGCCCUGUUUUUGCUGAGUCGCAGCGGUAUCCUUGAGAGAACUGGGUUCUGUAACUGUGGAGGCAAGCCAGCCAAGUCUCUAGCUUCCGAUCUUCCCAAACUGACCAUGGUAUUGGAAGAUCCACAUAUCAUGGAGAAGUAUGGCGCUAUGCUUCUUUACCUAGGAGCCACUACCGGCUGUCCACCUUUAUUUGAAGAGAUGGUUCGAUUAGGUGUCCAUAUUGAUACAAGAUUCCGCGGGGGCAACACGCCGCUUUGUCUGGCCGUGAUAGAAGCGCGAGCACCCGAAGAAGUAAAGAAACUGUUGGAGCUAGGCGCCGAAAUCAACAUGGGGAACUCACAGAAUCAGACACCACUCUAUCUUGCAACUCUACUUCGGCUCAAGGGAGUCAUGAAGAUGCUUCUGGAUGAAGGUGCUGAUACCGAAGCACGCGGGACUCAAUCCAGGAUCACUCAAACCCCGCUUUACCUCGCUGUUGCCAAAUUUGGAGUUCCCAUAUAUACAAACCGUCCAAGACGUGCUCCCCGCUCUCCUAGUAACGAGGUUUUGUCCUUGUUGCUGGAUAAUGGUGCCAACCCCAAUUAUACUGAUCCAGAUUUUGGGAUCACUCCUCUCUGGCUUGCUGUUCGGGGACACAGCACAAUUGGGUCAUUUAGUAGGGAUGAUCUUGUGCGGUUACUUCUUGAGCAUGGCGCAGAUCCAAAACUAGCAUUGCGAAACCAGUCAAUCUUGUUCUGGGCUAUAUCAAGCUGCCACUACGAUACGAUCAAGAUGCUUCUUGACUGUGGUGCCAAUCCUAAUGACUACGCACGCAAUUUUGAUGGUUCAAAAAUCCGCCUCUCAGGAAAACCGCUCUCACCUCUGGCGAAGGCUAUGAAGCUGAAACAUUAUGAAAUGGCUGAACUUCUGCUUGAUCAUGGGGCAGACCCUCUUGUCUCAUAUUGGAAAAAGGAAACGUCACUGCUUAAUGCGACUGUGUCUAUGAACUGUUCGUUCAUUGGUAAGAUGAUUGCCAUGGGCUUAGAUGUGAAUGAGUCUGUGAUGGGGCAGACCCCUCUCCAUAUGGCUGUCUGGAAAGGUAACGUUGAAGUGGCGGAAUUACUGCUUCGUCGUGGAGCAGAUCCAAAUCUCACUGUUGGGGGAACUUCAUGCUAUUCAUCAAAGUCAAUCUUGUGGUGGGCUUCUUAUGUUUCUCAUCGAAGGGGUGCAGCUAUGGUAGAGUUGCUAUGUGCGUAUGGUGCUAGGGAUUUAUAUGAUACAAAUGUUUACACGGACGGACUCGCACCGAGCUUUGUCCCCCCAGUCUCGGGAUACCUAUGA